UAAGAGAAUUAACAACGCAAAGUGAGAAAGAAUUGGAUUAAAAUUAGUCACAAAAACCAAAACCACAAAAGUGUUUUUAAAAAGGAUUUAAAGGAUUAAACAAACUAUAUAUAUAGAAGAAUAUAACUACAAGAACUUCAUUGGAUUAUUUUACAAAAUUUUAAUAAAUUUAAAUUUUGAUUAAAUAACAGAAAAGUCAAUCGUGCAUCAACUAACAAAAUGACGCAAAUGCAUUUCCUGUUUUGGAUGUAUUUAUUUACAUUGAUCAGCAUCAAAUAUCUACACAUCGAGGCAAAGCCAGCAUCUUCAGAUACUGUGAUCUUACCUGCAGCAUCCAACGUUCAACGCCUUGAUAAAGCCUAUACCUCAAGUAAGAUUGAUAGUCGCUUAACACGCUUACGACGUGGUUACUACUAUGUGGACGACGACUAUGUCGAUGAGGUGCCAGUUGCAUAUGUGCCGGAAGCUGCAAAACGCGCAGCUGAGCGGCGUCAGGAUAGAACACGGAACAGUCUGCAAUACACUCCUGUUGUCAAAUACAAGCAUACACGUGCCAAGAAGAAGAAGCUCUUCGUACCAAAUUUCUUUGGUUAAAUUUGUAUGGAAGAGCAUGACUGCUCAAAAGUCAUCAAAAGUGACAAAAGCAUAGCACUGGGGGGAUCAUAGAACUGGGGAACAUAGAACAAUUUAUGUGUUCACGUGAUUGUAUUUGUAAGAGUACAAAGUGAUUUUUAGAUAUAAUUUUUAAAUAUUUAUAUUUUUAAGAUUAUUUAUAUAAGUCUGCAAAGCAAACACGUGCCUGCCUUUAUAUUAGAUGUCAAAAAAAUUAAUUUAUAAGUGAAACAUGUC